UUUACUGUCGGCUUGAAAAAUGGGAAGGGGCUGCUCGCGACUGCUUUGACGUCAGUACGGGGUUCCAUUUCUCUCCAUCCUCUCUCUCUCUCCCCUCACAGCUCUGGUACUCAGAGCAAUUCUAAGAGAGCGGGAGACAUGUAGAGAAAAUACGGACUAAAAACUCUCUUACCUGAUUUUUCCCCCUUCACCUUUUGGUUAUUUUCAGUCUUGCACUUUUUUAUUGUUCCUAAUAGUUCUGUGGAAAUUUUAAUCCAUUAGAUUGCCCUGACAUCAGGGUAAAAUAAUCAUAACCACUUAGCAUUAUUUUAAGCGCGUUUCAUUAUAAUGGAGUGAAGAAGCUUUAACGGCGCUGUUUGUAAAGUAAAAGUGAAGUGAGAAACAAAAAUUUCAUAUUUUUUGAAAAAAAAAAUGAAGCCGACGACGUUCCGGGCUGUGCUCUGCCUUUUUCUUGUCUCUCUGCAGCUGGGGAAUGCUGCCAAUAGAUACGGAUGUUUGUUUGAGAAGAGGCUAUGCUCUCGAAAUGAAGUCUGCAUUCAAGAUGGACUUUUUGGACACUGCCUAGAAGCCUCAUCCCGUAACAGGAUCCAAUACCACCUUUCUGCUGAUGUUUUACAGCGACUGCGGGAGGUCUUAAAGCAGUUAAUGCUACAAGGGCUGUCGUGGAAAGAUGACCUCACACAGUACAUCAUUUCCCAAGAAAUGGACAGAGCCCUUAAGUUCCAUCCUUGGCGCCCAACAGAUCAACAACCAGAUGGAAGGACACACAAGGCUGGCUAUCCAAGCAGUAAGCUUCCUUACAUUCCAAGUGGCAUUAUGUUCCGAAAUAACCAGAUGCCUUCUCCACUCGUCCAGCAGUACCUUCCAUAUAUGGUCUAUUCCACAAAACCAGAGUUUCAGGAACCCCUUGGGAUGGAAGAGUCACUGCUAGAGCCAUACUCUUACCACAAAUUUGGUUACCAGGAUGUUCACAGCCAGAUGGGACCUCUUAAGGGCCAUCCUCUGUCAGUUACUUAUCCACCUGCCCGUCGACCAGAAGAUCCAUCUUUGUCUGGUACACCAGUAUUCAGAAGCAAAACCCCUUACCGUGCUAACCCUGUCCCUUCAUACCUUAGCCAGAAGGAACGGGAAAGGAAGAUAGUACGGGAUCUUAUUGCACUAUACUUAUCAAAAGAAAAGCAGGGUAUGCUCCACUCACAGAGAGAUCGUCGUCUCAACCAAGACUCUCAGUCUGUGAACCAAAACCUAAACCAACAACAAUACUUAGGGGGUAAUGAUUUCCCUGAUGAUUAUACUGAGAGCUAUUGGGCAACAUUUGAAGACAAUGGGGAAGAUCUCCUUGGAGAAAGGAACCAGCGUACACUUAAGGAUUCCAGUAUUGAUUCUGUUAACAUCAGCAACUUGAAAGAUCCAGCAGUACAGAAGUUGGCUGUCAUGCUAGCUGACUAUGGAUUCGAUCUUCGCAAACUGAACGAUCAACAGUUGGCCAGUCUUUCCAUCUUGCUUCAGUUGUUGCAGCCAGAAAAUGAGAGGGAUGCAGACAAAAUUGAAAAUGAUACUACAAAACUAAAAAGAGUAACAGAAGGAGAAAUGCAGCACUGGGAUGAUAUAGAGUCUGAUCCCCUGGCAUAUGAACUGAGUGAAAGACCAAAGGAAAGUAGCACAUCAUCCAGUCAAGCAGACCACCUCACAGCUGAAGAAGCAGAUUUUGGAAAGAAUGUCACAACUACCGAGCGUUCUCUGUCUAGUGGUUACCAGCAGGACCAGGUACCAGAUGAGGAUUCUGAGGGCCAACAAGCCAUACAGCUGCCUGAAGAAGACUUGGAGGUGUCUGUACAGAAGAAAAGUUAUACUGACAAUGAGUACAGAGAGAGGAUAGUGGGCAUCAGUGUGCAACAUCCAAAGGAGGAAUACGGCUACAUUCUCACUGAUCAGAAGCCCCUAAGCCUACUUGAUGGAGUCAGACUGUUGGAGUCCUUGGCUGAGAGAGUGCACCUGACGACCAAUAGCUUCAUUAAUAUUAGUGUUGUUGGGUCAGCAGUAACAUUUCGCAUUCGUCAGAACAACCAGAAUAUGUCAGCCUUGGAUGUAGCAAAACAAGCAGUUACAGAGAAAUCAUUCUUGGAAACACAGACAGGGCUGAAGAUCAUCCAGACUGGAACUGGAGAGAGGAGCGAUGUUGACACUUUGCAGCAUGUUCCACGGUUUGGGGAUCCAUUCCGAAUUGUGCUGCUUAGCUUCAUUGCAGUUGCAUGCAUAGCUGGUAUCCUGAUUGCUGCCACUGUAGUGUUCUGCCUGCAGUACCAUGCGAAGCAACGAGACAAGAAGAAAAUGGCAGGACUUGGACCUGAGGCAGGAGUGGAUGCCACCUUGGAGUACCAGGAACUAUGUCGUCAACAUAUGGCAGUAAAGUCACCAUUUAGCAGAACAGAUGCACCAGUUGCUGCAGAAAAUUCUCGUGUCAGCAGUGUGUCAUCUCAGUUCAGUGAUGCACCUCAGGCUAGCCCAAGUUCGCAUAGCAGCACCCCAUCUUGGUGUGAGGAACCAGUUCAAUCCAAUAUGGAUAUUUCAACAGGCCACAUGAUCUUGGCAUAUAUGGAGGAUCACCUUCGAAACAAAGACCGAUGUGCGAAGGAAUGGGAAGCCCUGUGUGCAUACCAGGCUGAGCCCAACAGCUGUGCUGUUGCCCGCAGUGAGGCUAACAUCAAAAAGAACCGAAAUGCAGACUUUGUGCCAUAUGAUCAUGCAAGAGUUAAGCUGAAGGCAGACAUUGGCCCAUCCCGAACGGAUUACAUCAACGCCAGCCCCAUUAUUGAACAUGACCCCCGAAUGCCAGCAUAUAUAGCCACUCAAGGCCCCCUCUCUCACACUAUUGCAGAUUUCUGGCAGAUGGUGUGGGAGAAUGGCUGCACAGUGAUUGUCAUGCUAUCCCCAUUGCUGGAGGAUGGAGUGAAGCAAUGUGAUCGAUAUUGGCCUGAUGAAGGAUCUUCCCUGUACCAUGUAUAUGAGGUAAAUCUUGUUUCCGAACAUAUCUGGUGUGAGGAUUUCCUGGUCCGAAGUUUUUACCUGAAGAAUGUCCAUUCUCAGGAGACACGUACACUAACUCAGUUCCACUUCUUAAGCUGGCCAGCAGGAGGUAUCCCAACCACAACCCGACCUUUACUGGAUUUUCGCAGAAAAGUCAACAAGUGCUACAGAGGCCGUUCAUGCCCCAUUAUUGUUCACUGCAGUGAUGGAGCUGGGAGGACUGGAACCUACAUAUUGAUUGACAUGGUUCUUAACAGAAUGGCCAAAGGAGUGAAAGAAAUUGACAUAGCAGCAAGCUUGGAACAUAUUCGAGACCAGAGACCAGGCAUGGUGCGGACAAAGGAUCAGUUUGAAUUUGCACUAACAGCUGUAGCAGAAGAGGUAAAUGCCAUCCUGAAAGCUCUGCCACAGUGAACCAAAGGACAGCUCUAUUCUUCACUUCUUCCUUCUCCUCACGUACAUUCAUCAUUUUUCCAGCCUGCUUUUGCUCACAAUGGCACCCCCUUGAGGAGAUCAAUGCAGUAUCGUGUUUGUGUAUUUCAUAUUUAGUAUUCUUAUGUUGAUUAACACUCAUUCAAAACCCCAA